AUGUAUGCUGUGGUCUGUUUGGUUCUUUGGCUUGGAAUAUUUUCUGGUAUCGAGUCGUCUUUAGUGUCAAAUGGAACAGUAUUUACGGGCGAAAUAAUAAAGAUAGGCGAAGAUAGAACGGUAUUAGUACAAGUUAUAAAGACGUUGCUCAUCCAGGAGAAUGUGAAGGUUCCUUCAACCGUGACUCUACAAAAUUUUGAGCAAGACGAGUCGUCGAAAGGGGCAAAAGGAGUUUACAUAUUUUAUGUGUUGCCAUUGGACAAAGAUGUAUUCGAAGUUCUUCACUAUUGGAGUGUGAAGCAAGAGGAUUUUAGUGAUGUCGAGUCGAGUAGUUUGGAAG